UGCGCUUCAAUCUUGCUGUAAUCUUGCUGCAAGUACAACAAAAGAAAUAAAUGACAUAUUGCUUAUGUUGCUGGCUUAAAAUAAUAAUAAUUUUGGAGAACUACAUUAUGAAGGUUAUAUCUAUCGGCAAUGUUCAGUUCGAAAAAACAAGAAUAUGUGCAUGGAAUUAAUCUCUCAAGAUGUACCUUCGAGGUAUCAUAAUACAGAGAGGAAAGAUGGUCCAAUAAGGGUCAUCGAGGGGAAACAAGCGCGAGGUGAACCGCGUAGAAGCGACGAAGAGAGAAACGAGAAGGAAAACGGUGCGACGCAAUGUAGAAGAGGGAGGCGAGGAGGAGGGCCGUUUGUCGGACAUACCUUGGGGCCACCCUGGCGUCUAAUUGCGUGUAAUGCACUCCUGACUUGCCUGGCCUCGAGUUACCGCCAGAGAAGAGUCGCACGAAAAACUCGGGUCGUGCAGCAGCAAAACCCCGAUGAUCGCGGGGACGCGGUGCUAUGUCCGGAACGCUCGGACCCACACGACGUAGACGACGAGGAUGGCGAGGACGGCGACGCCCUCCAGGACGUCGAUCCCCUCGUGCCAUUGCAACCGGGGACGGGGUCGCGUCCUUUCCGCUCAGUUCUCGUUGCAGAUCCCUGGAAUGUCACCGGCACCUCCUGACCGCUAAAAUGAAGACGUGUUCUUCACCAUGCUUAACCGCCUAUUGGACUGGCGAAAUCCUUUCUACCGCGGACUCUACAGUCUCCCAAAAAAACAAGAAUGCCACAAGAAAAUACUUGGAGACAUAUCGACGAUGAAGAAAUGGGCGUGCUUUUUACGAGGAUUCGAAGAUGGGUCGAAGAGAAAUCAUCCGAAUCCCGGCAGCGGCAUCCUUUAAUUGCGGAAUGAUCAUCUCGAGACCUUCCAAAGAAUCGAAGGGGGAGAGACGUCCGGUGGAGCGAGAACUACGACCGCGAUUAUUUAGCGUAGCUAAGAUCUGUCGGUACAGGUUUUUUGUCGCGAGAGCUUAUUAUGAAUAAUGAUUUAUGUUUUGUCUGUGCCAGUAUCAGGGUGUUCCUUUAGAGAGCGAAUAAACGAGAAGGUGAGAUAAAGAUGGACUUACGACUACGGUGCGCGGCUGAAAGAGAUGCAUAGAGGGGUUAAUAACGGUCGCGUGUUGUAAUACCUACCAUUAUCCACAAACCGACCGCCUAACAAGCUACCUGCUAAUAAUACACGACGGCACAACACACACGAUCACGUGCGUGAUCUUUUUACUUCGAGCCUAUCAAGUUUUUGUCAUUGCGAUUGCUAGCUGCGGGGCAAUAU